GUAAGAUUUCGAGAAUUUUCUGUGGUCUCGGCUCGCUCAGCCUCAGCAGGGCAGGAUGGAGACCAGAGUAGAGUGACGCUCUGGAUUUGGACCCGGGCUGCCUCAGCGACUGCUUUGCUGAAUAAUUGAUCCCUCGGCUUGUGACUGGUUGAAAAUGAGGAAGGCAGCGUUGAUGAUUUGGAUCAGCCUUUUGGUGCAAGUGUCCCAUGGUGCUCAGGGUCACUAUGCCCGCAAACUUCUGACUGAUCUCAUGGAGGACUACUCCAACGCUCUGAGGCCUGUAGAGGACACAGACAGCGCGCUCAAUGUGUCUCUGCAGAUCACCCUGUCACAGAUCAAAGAUAUGGAUGAGAGGAACCAGGUGCUGACCACGUACCUGUGGAUCAGGCAGGUCUGGUUUGAUGCGUACCUGAAGUGGGACAAGGAGGACUAUGACGACCUCGAGAUGAUCAACAUCCCGAGCGACCUGGUGUGGAAGCCGGACAUCGUCCUCUACAACAAAGCCGACGAGGAGGGCGGAGGUGAAUCCAGCACUAAUGUGAAGCUGCGUUAUAAUGGAGAGAUCGUCUGGGACUCUCCCGCCAUCACGAAGAGCACAUGUGUGGUGGACGUCUCCUACUUCCCCUUCGACUGGCAGUCGUGCAACCUCACCUUCGGCUCCUGGACCUACAACGGCAACCAGGUGGACAUCAGUCUGACCAUGGACAGCGGUGACCUGUCCGACUUUGUGGAGAACGUGGAGUGGGAGUGUCACGGCAUGCCGGCAGUUAGAAAAGUCAAGAUGUACGGCUGCUGCUCCGACCCGUACACCGAAAUCACCUACACCCUGCUGCUGAAGCGCCGCUCCUCCUUCUACAUCUUCAACCUGCUGCUGCCCUGCUUCCUCAUCUCAUUCCUGGCCCCGCUGGGCUUCUACCUGCCUGCUGACUCCGGGGAGAAGGUUUCCCUCGGGGUCACCGUGCUGCUGGCGCUCACUGUGUUCCAGUUGUUGGUGGCUGAGAGCAUGCCUCCUGCAGAGAGCAUGCCCUACAUAGGGAAGUACUACAUAGCCACCAUGACUAUGAUCACAGCCUCCACCUCUCUCACCAUCUUCAUCAUGAACAUUCAUUUCUGCGGUGCCGAGGCCAAGCCGGUCCCUCACUGGGCCAAGGUGCUCAUCAUAGACUACAUGUCCAAAAUCUUCUUCGUCUACGAGGUGGGGGAGAACUGCACCACGCCGGAGAGCGAGAGGACCCCGCUGUGGCCCGAGGAGCCCGUCGGCGAGAAGAGCGCCUUCUACGAUGACCGCUUCCAUGACAUCUACCAUCACGAGAGCGACCCGUACAAGUACAGCAACGGCCACAGCGUGCAUCACAACAGCGGGCACCAGAAAGGUCAGGCGAACGGCAAGGCCAACAGCGGCCAACACCAUUACAACAACCACAACAGACUGGAGAGGGGUGAGGGGAGAGCCGCACAGCGAUACCACCACAUCAGGCGGGACGAACUGGACUACCAGGCGCCCCCUCGCUCGCAAAACCUCCAGCACCUGAACGGAGGGCUGAAGGAGCAGCUCCUCUACUCCACAGAGAAACUUCAAGUCCCAGCCUGCCCCUGCUGCUGCCCCUGCCUCCAACAUAAACAGGUGGUGAAGAACAUCCAGUUCAUCGCCAACUGCUUCCGAGAGCAGAGAGCCACCUGUGUCAAGGUGGCAGAGUGGAAGAAGGUGGCCAAGGUGAUGGAUAGGUUUUUCAUGUGGAUCUUCUUCAUCAUGGUCUUCCUCAUGAGCAUCCUCAUCAUUGCCAAGGCGUCCUGACAGCUUCCUCCUCCUCCUCCUUCAUCUUUUUACCACCUCCCUCACCGCCGGACCUCAGUGUCACUCAAAACUCACCUUGUUUUUACCUCGAUGCAACACAGAACUGCUUUUUGAGAAACUGUUGAUGUCAGUGUUGUGUUACACGUGUGUGUGUGUGUGUGUGUGUGUGUGUGUGUGUGUGUGUGUGUAUAUGUGUACGUUCACUGUUGUUUUGUCUUUGCUUUGACACGAAGAAGACAAGGUCGCCGCACACCAGUCAUUCGCUUAAGUUCAACGCGGCCUCUCGGUUAGUUAAUGUCAGGUGUGCUCGCAUGUGUGACGGAGCAGCGGAGCGGUAAGACAAUCCAGGCCUCGCCUCGAACAUGCAUGGACUCUCCAUUAUUGACGAGCCGACGGCCAGACAUCCAGCUAUAGGCAUUACAUUACUUACAUUGUGUUCGAGGCAACCAGAUGAUGCUGGUCUCUAGAGUCGGUUAGAGUGGAUAACAUCUGUAGAUUAAAUGUAAACACUCACCUUGAACAACCUAAAGGAGGACAAGUCACAUGUCCUUCCUUGUGCUGACAUUGAGAGACAUUAAUACCAGGGGAAACUGAUUGUUGUCUAGUUUAGAUGUUAAUAAACUGGUUUACAUAAAUCAUGAAUACUUGAAUCUGAGACGUGAGAGAAUGUUUACCUCUCUAAUCUUACUAAUAUCUUUUUCAGACCUUUAGUCCUACCUCCUGAACAUGACCGAUGGAUCUAUUGUACCUUUUUGUCUAACAUAUGCUCUGUCCAACAUAUAAUUGAUAGUAUACAUGGACAUUUCAACAUUAGAUUAUCGGGUCCGGUAAAAAAUGAUAAACCUGUGAGAUCUUGUUAUUAAAGCAACAACAUAGAAAGAUAGUUGAUUGUUACGUCUCAUCCUCAGGUCAAAGUUUUGGGUUAAAGACAUAUUGUCUAGGAAUUCUCCAUUAAAAUGUCAAAAAACAACUAGGUGUUUGUUGAUUUGGGCACUUACGUCAUACCAAAUGUCUCCAACAAUGUUCAAACUAGAGAAAUCCACAAGUUUACUCAAAUUAACGGUGCACCUCAUUAGGAUGCCGUCGCUAUUUUCUAGAUUAAAUUAGACUGAAUUUAAACGUCAAAUAUGUAAGAAAAGUUGAUUUUUCAGUCUAAUUCCCAACUCCCAGUGAUCCUCUGUGUUUCCCCGCUUGUCAAAACAGUUUUUGAUGAACUGGGAGUGAGACUGACAAAUUGAUUGGUCCUUUAGUAUGAAUGAAACUUUAAGACAUUACCUCAUUUGAGACCCGAUCGUUUGCGUUUAUUCGCCCUACUCAUGCUGUGUUUACAUCCAUUACAUUACUACAUUAGCUGUGAGCUAAUGUUAUCCAGCAGUAGCACUGAAGGAGAAUUAAUUUUGCUCCAAACAAACACCAAACAAAUUGCCCGUAUCUGACAGCUUGGGACUCAACAGUCUGCUACCUUUCUCAAUGAAAUUACAUUAAAUGUGGUUUUAUUCA